GGAACUUUGGCAGUCAAACAUCAGUUCGUAGCCGUACCCGCAGUUGAACGGACGUAGGUAAACCGCUGUUCUAGUCAACCAUAAAAAGAUAUAGAUACAUACGUACUAUACAUAUACGCACGAUGGGUCUACGAGGUUCCAAGUCAAAGAAGAGCUACGAGGUAGCAGCGGCCGACUCUCAGAGUCAGAGAAAGGCCUCGCUUAAGACCUCUAACCAGAAGAGUGCCAAGAUUGAGGAGUCUAUUACCCCAGUUCCAACUACUCCAAUCCCUCAAGCUGACCCACCAACAGUUGAGAAGGCCAACCUAGGCCCAGAAUGGCUGAAUGAGACGCAAUUUGAGGAAUUACUCACUACGAAUGUCAAUAAGUUCUCAAAGAUAGUGGGAUUCCGGGUGAAACCCGCAAUGGCGCCGGGAGAAAACUAUGCCACUCUUAUGCUGAGGAUCACAAUCGAUGUGGAGCUUACUGACAAAACCACCAAAACGGUGGCCUUUAUGAUGAAGGUUCCCCACAAAACUCCCCAAAUGGAACAGAUGCUGGCCAUGGCCAACUUCUUCAAUACCGAGAAUGCGGCCUACACGGAUAUACUGCCAAAACUGGAGGCUCUCUACAAGGCCAAGGGUGUGGACAUCACCUUUGCCCCCAAAGCAUACAGGUUGGACGCCACUAAGGAACCCAAUCUGGCCAACACGGUGCUUAUGAAUGACUUGGGCCAAAACGGAUACAAGAACCUGAAUCGCCUGGAAUGCCUGAACUUGGAGCAGACCAAGUUUGCUCUGAAGAAACUGGCCCAGUUCCAUGCGGCCUCGGCCGUAAGCGUGGAGGUGAAUGGACCGUUCCCAGACGUUUUCGUCAACGGAAUGCUGGGUGGUAACAAGGAAGCUUUAUUGGCUUUCUACGAGUCCAUGAUAACCUCUUUCCAAACGGCUUUCUUGGCCAAUCUAAAAAACUUCAAGAAUGGAGAAGACUACCGCGAGAAACUGAUCACGGCUUUCUCGCAGGUCGCCGCAGACUUUGAACAUUUAAUUAAGAGCGAUCCCACGGAGUUCAAUGUUCUGAAUCACGGCGAUUGCUGGAUGAACAAUCUGCUCUUCAAGCUCGACUCAAAGGGCGAUGUGGAGGACGUGGUGUUCGUUGAUUUCCAGAACCCCAAAUACGGUUCUCCCACGCAGGAUCUGUUCUACUUCAUCAUGACAUCAGUGCACAUUGACUUCAAGCUGGAUUACUUUGACUUCUUCGUCAGACACUACCACGAGCAGCUGACCAAGCACUUGGAUCUGCUUGGUUUUAAGGGAGCUCAGCCCUCCUUGCGGGAUAUGCACAUGCUGAUGUUCAAGUACGGAAGCUGGGCCCUCUUCCCGUCGAUCACGGUGCUGCCGGUGGUGCUCCUGGAUCCCAGUGAGUCGGCCACCUUCGACAAUUUCCUCGGUGACUCCGACGCUGGCACCCAGUUCAAAAACCAACUGUAUGGCAACAAGCGUUUCCAAGGUUAUAUCGAGAGGAUUCUGCCCUGGCUGGAUAAUCGGGGCUUAAUGGAGGCCUACACUCCGCCACCACCAGUUGAAACCUUGUCCACGGAACCCGCACAGCAUUCCCAGCCUAAAAAUCCCGAACAGAUCUUGAACUGGCUGUGUGUGAGUGACUUCAAGGAGAUAAUUGCCUCCAUUGAACCCCAGUUUGAGAAGAUUUUAAGUGGAUCUUGGAAAUCAGCUACGAAACCCGGAGAACAUUUUGCCUCUUCGCUUUUAAAGAUAGAUAUACAAGCGCAGUUAAAAGACAGCAGUACCAAGACGUUCUCCUAUAUUUUGAAAGUGCAUCCACCCAAUACCGGCACUGAUAACUUCACUGACUUUAACAUGUUCCCCAAGGAGAUCGAGAUGUACAGCAAAUAUGUACCAGCCUUUGAAAAGCUCUAUAAGGACGCCGGCUCGACGGUCACUUUUAGUGCCAAGUCCUUUGUUCUAACUAAGACUGUCAAGGAAGAGUAUCUGCUCAUGGAGAAUCUUCAGAGCAGUGGCUUCAAGAUGGCCGAUCGCAUGAAGGGAUUGGACAUGGAGCAUAUGAAGAGCUCUCUAAGGAAACUGGCCCAAUGGCAUGCGGCUUCCAUUAAGUACAAGGAACUCAAUGGACCCUAUCCCCCACUUUACAAUGAUGGUAUUUAUAUAGAGCAAACCCGAGACACUUUCCAUAACAUGUUUGCCUCCGCCAAGAAAUCGUAUAUAGAAGUCUUGGGAAAGUUUAAUGGGGCAGAGGAGUAUGUGGACAAGCUGUCUUGGAUUUUGGAUAAUCAUGUGGACCAAGUCCUGGAAGAUGCCAAAAUUGACGAGACAGAGUUCAAUGUGCUUAACCAUGGCGAUGCCUGGAUAAACAACAUUAUGUUCCAAUACGACGCCGAGGGGCAACUCAAGGAGACCUUCCUGCUGGAUCAUCAGAAUGCCAAAUAUGGCAAUCCAGCUCAGGAUCUGUACUAUUUCAUCAUGAGCUCGGCGGAGUUAAAUAUUAAAGUAGAUCAGUUUGACUAUCUGAUCAGAUGGUAUCACGAGAACCUCACUGAGCACGCCAACUUGUUGAAGUACAACGGAGUUGUUCCCUCGCUAAACGAAUUGCACGCCAUUCUGAUAAAGCAUCCAGCUUUCGCUGCUGGCACUGUCAUCAGUACCCUUUGCGUCUGUCUACAGGAGGCCGAUAAGGAUUUCAACACCGAAGCCUUUUUCACGGAAAACGAGGAGUCCGAAGCCUUCAGAUUGAAGCUAUUUGGCAAUGAGCGUUACAGGGCUCAUAUUGAACGUAUUAUGCCCUGGCUGAACAGAAGAGGUCUACUCGAUGCCUUCUCCACGAUGGGUAUUUUGUUUUCUAAGAGGAAGAGGGAAGACGACGAAGUGACAGUGAAGGCUUCAGAACCCGAAAAUCAGCCAGAUGUGCCAGUGCCAGUGCCAGAGAUUGACCAGAGUCACUUGCUGCCCAAGUGGCUAAAUGAAACGCAAUUCGAGGAAUUACUCGCCGCGAAUGUCGCUCAGUUCUCCAAGAUUCUGGGUUUCCGGAUGAAGCCCGCGAUGGCACCCGGAGAGAACUAUGCCACUCUUAUGCUCAGGAUCAGCAUCGAUGUGGAGCUCACUGAUAAAAGCACCAAGCUAGUCUCUUUUAUGAUGAAAAUUCCCCACGAUACUGCACAAAUGCAACAAAUGCUGAAAUUGGCCAACUUCUUUACCACCGAGAACCUGGCCUACAUUGAUUAUCUGCCCAAAAUGGAGGAGCUCUACAAGGCCAAGGGUCUGGACAUUCGCUUCGCUCCUCGGGCCUACAAACUUAGUGCCGACAAGGAGCCGAAGCUGGCCAACACUGUGCUGAUGAACGAUCUGGGCCAGGAUGGAUACAAGAACUUUAAUCGUCUAAACUGCCUGAACCUGGAGCAAUCCAAGUUCGCCAUCAAGAAACUAGCACAGUACCACGCAGCCAGCGCAAGGAUGAUUGAAGUGCAUGGACCCUAUCCCGAUGUAUUCGUCUUGGGUUCAAUGGGAACGAAUGUGGAACUCAUAAUGCAGUUUCUGGAGGGCAUGGUUGGAUCUUUCCGAACUGCAUUCCUGGCCAAUCUAAAGAACUUUAAGAACGGCGAAAGCUAUCGGGAGAAGCUUGAAAAAGCACUUGGGACCCUAUCCAAUUCGUUCAUGCAAGUGGGCGUAGUUGAUCCUGCGGAGUUCAAUGUGCUUAAUCACGGUGAUUGCUGGAUGAACAAUCUCCUCUUCAAGGUGGGCUCCAAGGGCGAGUUGGAAGACAUGGUCUUUGUUGAUUUCCAGAACCCCAAAUAUGGAACGCCAACAAUGGACCUGAUUUACUUCAUCAUCACCUCGGUGCACAUCGACUACAAGCUGGAGUACUUUGACUACUUUAUCAGGUACUAUCACGAGCAGCUGACCCUGCACCUGAACCUUUUAGGUUUUACCGGCCGGCAGCCUUCCCUGCGGGAGCUGCACAUUGCCGUGAUCAAGAAUGGUGGCUGGGGGCUGUUCCCUACAAUCGCCGUACUGCCUGUGGUGCUUUUGGACUCCACCGAGGCGGCCACAUUCGAAAAUUUCAUGGGCGAGAGCGAAGCCGGCACAAAUUUCAGGAACCUUUUGUACUCCAACAAGCGUUAUCAGCGCUAUAUUGACCGGAUUCUCCCUUGGAUUGAAAAUCGGGGCUUCUUGGAAGUCAGCAAUUUUACAAUUCCACUCCCAAAGGCCUCAGAGCCUGCAAUGGCAGCAGAGUCUACUCCCAAGGCUGCACUGGAGCCGUCCCCUGCACAGCCUGAAAAUCAGAACCAAAUCUUGGAUUGGCUUAAUGUCAACGACUUCAAAGACAUUAUCUCCCAAACUGAACCUGAAUUUGAGAAGAUUGUCAAAGGAACCUGGAAAUCAGCCACAAAACCGGGGGAUAACUUCGUUACAAACUACGCCUCCAGUCUUCUAAAGGUCGACAUAGAAGCGCAAUUAAAGAAUGGCAGCGUCAAGACCUUCUCCUACAUCCUGAAGGUGCAAACAUCCAACGAAACUAUCAACUUCUCCGACUUUAACCUGUUCCCCAAGGAGAUCGAGAUGUACGGCAAAUAUGUGCCCGCCUUUGAACAGGUCUACAAGGACGCAGGCUCUCCGGUCACAUUCAGUGCCAAGUCCUUCCGAUUCAGCAAAGAGGUCAGCGCAGAAUAUCUGUUAAUGGACAACCUGCAGACUAGCGGUUUUAAGAUGGCUGAUCGCAUGAAGGGCAUGGACAUGGAGCACAGCAAGUGCACCCUGAAAAAGCUGGCCCAGUGGCAUGCCGCCUCCCUGAAGUACAAGGAACUGAAUGGACCUUAUCCACCGAAAUACGAUAAUGGCAUCUUCUCGGAGAAGACGGCGGUUGUGUUCAAGAGUAUGUUUGUUAAGAAAAGGAACGCAUUUUUGGCUGAAUUGGCCAAGUUUGACGGAGUCGAUGAGUACCUGCAUAAAUUGCCACCUUUCAUGGAAGCCCAUGUGGAUAAAAUCAUAGAAGAUGCCAAAAUUGACGAGACAGAGUUCAAUGUGCUCAACCAUGGCGAUGCCUGGAUCAACAAUAUUAUGUUCCAACACGACGCCGAGGGACGCGUCAAGGAGACCUUCCUGCUGGAUCACCAGGUCACAAAAUACGGAAAUCCCGCUCAGGAUCUCUACUACUUCAUCAUGAGCUCCACUCACCUGGAUAUCAAAAUCGAUCAGUUUGACUAUCUAAUCCGUUGGUAUCACGAGAACCUGGAGGCCCAUGCCAAGCUGUUGAAGUACAGUGGCUUUGUACCUUCGCUCAAGGAAUUGCACAUCAUUCUGCUAGAGCAUCCCAUCUAUGCUGCUGGAACCGUGCUAACCACCCUGACAGCUUGUCUGAACAAACCAGAAGACAACUUCUCGACCGAUGCCUUUUUAAAGGACGAUGCAGAGGGAGCAGCCAUCCGAGCUGCGCUGUACAACAACGAACGCUACAGGGCCAAUGUAGAGCGCAUUAUGCCUUGGUUAAACAAACGUGGCCUACUCGAUGGCUAUGGCGAGGAGACAACCGAAUAAAAGAAAAACUUGCUUUAAGA